AUGUUCAACAACAACUUAACAAUCACGGAAAUGCCAAAGUUUGGAAAUACCGUAAUGCCCGAGAGAAACCUCGAGGAUUGGUUUCUACUCCUUUCGAUAGUCAUUGGAAUUAUAAGUGGAGUGGCACAGUUUUACGAUCAAUUCCGUGUGGUAUUGGCCGAGGGAAACCUCGAGGAUUGGCUUCAACUCGCUAUGACAUUAAUAGAUAAAGCGAUUGAAAUUAAACGUGGUGUGGCACAAUUGUACGAUCAUUACCAUGUGGUACUAGCUGAGGGAAACCUUGAGGAUUGGCUUCAACUCGUAAAGAUGGCAAUAGAUGUGGCGAUUGAGAUUAAACGUGGUGUGGCACAAUUGUACGAUCAAUACCGUUUAGUAUUGGCUGAGGGAAACUUUGAGGAUUGGCUUCAACUCGUCAAGAUGGCAAAAGAUGUAGUGAUUGAAAUUAUACAUGGCGCAGCAAGAUUAUACGAACAGUACCGUAUAUAUGUGCCAUUGGGCCGAAUAACUAAUAUGUAG